GCUGCGUUGACCAUGCUGCGCGGCCUAGGGGGCUUCCUGCCGCCCAUCGUGGCUGGCCAGGAACACGAGUUCGACAGCCUUUUCGAAGAGCUCUUCCAGAAGCUGGGCCGCCGCGGGGACGGGACGGUGGACAUCGCGGAACUGCAGGAAGGACUGGAGGCCCUGGGCUUCUCUCCAGGCGGGGAGGAGGAGGUGGGCCUUGGUGCGUUCAGGCCUCAGGGAGCGUGCAGGGCCGGAGGCUCUGCAGGCGUGAUAUGGGGGUGGGGGCGGAGAAGACCCCCUUAUCUCGUUGGGGCCCAGUCCCCAGACGUUUUUUGGUGUGAGCUGCUUCACCAGAGACAGCCCGGUGGUGGAACAGUUUUCCACACGUUUCUGUCCUAUGAAAUGCAGCCCCAGAAUCUUGUUAUUCCAUCUCUCUUCUCAGGCAAGAGCUGGGUCUUCUGCUUUAGCAGCUUGUCAGUUUUAUCUUCUAUCCGUUUAUCCCAGUGGUUCUCAACUAGGGGUGAUUUUGUCCCUCAGAGACAUAUGACAUUUUGCAUGGUUGUGACACUGGGGGAUAUAAUUUUAAAAUCUGUGGUUGUUAAUGAGCAUAAUCUGCUGGACCUUGGCACAUUUAUGCAGUACAUGAAAGAUAAUGAGAUAAACAUGAAAUUGACUUUUAAGAGUUUGGACACAAAUAAUGAUGGAGUGAUUGAUCCUUCAGAAAUUAUCAAUAGUCUCAACUUAAUAGGUAUACAUAUUUCUGAAAAAGAGGCAUUGAAGAUUCUUGAAAGCAUGGAUGCUGAUGGGUCACUUACAGUGGAUUGGGAUGAAUGGAGGAAGUAUUUUUUAUUUAAACCUGCAAGAAAUAUGGAGGAAAUUGCCCAUUACUGGAGCCAUUUUACCGGAAUUGACAUGGGAGAUAGAUGGACUUUUCAUAAUUUAAUUGAUGAAAAGAGAAAAUCUGGCCAUCUGUGGAAAUAUCUGUUGGCUGGAGGCAUAGCGGGUACGUGUGCUCGAACAUGUACAGCGCCGUUAGAGCGUCUGAAAACCCUCAUGCAGGUACACGGGUCAGAUUCCUGGAAUGUGAAGAUAAUGAGCCAUUUAAUAGAGAUGAUGAAAGAAGGCAGAGUCAUUUCUUUGUGGAGAGGAAAUGGUACGAAUAUUCUCAAGCUUGCUCCUGAAAUAGCUGUUAAGAUCUGGUCUUAUGAACAGUAUAAGGAGUAUCUUUCUUCUGAAGGAGGUGAAUUAGGAACACUUGAGAAGUUUGCUUCUGCUUCUUUGGCUGGUGCCACUUCUCAGUCUUUUAUUUACCCCUUAGAGGUUUUAAAAACUAAUUUGGCUGUAAGUAAAACUGGACAGUACUCUGGGCUAUUGGACUGUGCCAGGAAGAUCUGGAAGCUUGAAAAGAUUACAGGCUUUUACAAAGGCUACAUUCCUAGUCUUCUGACUGUCAUACCAUAUGCGGGUGUAGAUAUCACUCUCUAUGAGCUUUUGAAGACUCACUGGCUGAACACUCAUGCAGAAGACCCUGGACUGGUGAUUUUGAUGGGAUGUUGUGCCUUCUCUAACUUCUGUGGUCAGUUUGCCAGCUACCCACUGAAUCUAGUGAGAACUCGCAUGCAGGUUCAAGCCAUUCUGUCAGGAGUUCCACAGCUAAAUAUGAUUAGCGUCUUUUAUAAAAUUUAUAAAAGACAAGGAGUGACAGGAUUUUUCAGAGGCAUGACUCCAACUUUCUUAAAGUUGUUUCCUUCAGUUUGCAUAAGCCGUAUGGUUUACGAAUCAGUAAAACCACUCUUGGGAAUAGCGUAA